UUGGAGGACAAAUAGAAGGAUUACACAUGGUGUGAUGGUGUGAUGGAGCGCGAGUCAGGGCCGGAGCUCACCAUCUACUCUGCCCGCUACGCCUCGCCCCCAGCCAGGCCUCGCCCCGGCUACCCUGCCCUCGCCCACCACGCCCAGACUCACCACUUCCAUGACUUCGCUGCGCCGCCGCCGCCCGCCUCCGGGCCCAUCUCUUACCCGCCCCGCGGGCCGCUCCUGCACGUGGUGGGCGGGCAGCCCUUCUCGGGGCCUCUGUCCCUGCCACAGGGCUCAGGAUACUGGAGACCAACGCCCCGACGACACCACCACCACCAUCACACCUUCCCACCGUACCCACUCCUCCCGCCGCCGCCGCCGCAGCGCCUUCACUUCCACCCUCAUGGCCAUACCUCCCUGCCACACCUGGGUCUGCGGGAGCCGCCGCCACCACCGCCGCCGGCGGGAAGAUGGGAUGAAGAUCCCUGCUUCCUGAGGCCCAACUCCCCAGACAUGCCGUGUCCCCACAACCCCCGAGCCGUGCCCGCCCAGCAGGAGGACGGGACCUGCUUUGUGGUGAUGGGGUCCCGUGAUCCCAAGCACGUGCUUCGCCCCGUGGCCGCCAUGAAUCCCCAUGUGCUGCGUCACCAGCAGCAGCAGCAGCAGCUACAACAACAGCAACAACAACAACAACACCAGCACCAGCAACAGGAACAACACCGCAAGGAAGAACAACAGGCACGGGGCCAGCAGUCGUGGCAGCAGCGGCAGCAAGAGGAUGAGGAUGGCAUUUACUCUUACGCCGGCGAGGGAAUCUUUUCUCCUGCAGACGUGAUCCGCGCCCAGGCGGCGAUGGACGACUUUAACAGCUACGGCGGCUCCCUGGCCUCAGAGAACAUCUACGAGGAAAUCCCUGAAAACUGGCGGGGAUCGUGGGCGCGGCGCUCCCUGGUGGAGGAGGUGAUGGACGAGUACGAGCGGGUGCGGGCGGGUCACAGGCGGGUGCUGUCGGCCCUUAAUCUAGACGUGGAGACUCUUAUCCGCCCCGGCGGCCAGGAUGGCACCGCAUCACCGGAUUCUGGCCUCACCAUUUCCGCGUCGGACUCCUCAUGUGAACCCAACCCCAUUGGGUACGACACUCCGUCCCGCUCUCCCGCCCACGGGGACUCGGGCAUAGGUCUGUCCACGAAAGGAAACAAUUCCCCGAAAAGCAGCCAGAACUCUGCCGAUGGAUCCCCGAAGAAUAAGGGACGACUAGUCAAGUGUGAGUCAAUGGACAUUAAGGAAGCGUUCACGCGGCGGCCCUCGGGUGGGCGGGGCCGAGGCCUCAGAGAGAAGAUCGGCAGCGUGAGGGAGAAGAUGGAGAGGCGGUGGAGGUUUCCCAACUUCUCCAAGAAAGAUAAACGCUCCCCAGUUGACCUAAGCAGCUGUGCCCCCGCCAGCCUCUCAGACCUCCCCGAUGGGCGUGGCAGCAAGGGGGGAGAAGAGGGGGGCAGCUCCAGAGGCGGCUCUCCCCCUCCCCCCUCCCAUUAUGUCAUUUAUGAUGAACCCAACAAUUCCGUCGGGGUUAAGAGGAAUAGUUUUAGAGACUCCAGGUCGAGCAGGUCGAGUCGCUCCAGCCGGUCGAGCACGCUGAGCGGGCCUUGGUGUGAGGACCGCAUUUACGAGGACAUCUCAGACCUGGGCAGUGGCGGCGGCGGGAUCCGGGGUGGCGGGGCAGGAGGCACGGCGGGAGGCGGCAACGAAGAGACGUGGGUCUCUCGCCGCCUUCACGUGCACCGCCAGCUGUCGUCCUCAGACUCCUGGGGUUCCGAAGACUUCGAGUCGUACUCCAGCAACGAAGAGGAGAACGGAGGAGCCCCGGUCAAGACGCAGGCUCCAAAGUCCACGCGGUGGUAUGAUGGGUUUGACGGAGCGGCGGAAAAUGUGCAGUGUCUUGAUUCGGAAGAAACAAUCACUACUACUCACAAUGAAAAUGAACAACCAAAUAAUGAAGAAGAAAUAAAAGCAUGGUCUAAUUCAAAUGGAGAGGGCGGAGGGUGCGGGGAAGCAGGCAGCGGUGAUGACGGCAGCCCGCGCAGCUCCAGCACCAGCCAGCUUUUUACCAUCAACGAAGAAUGUGCAGAAGAAGGAGACCUACCCAUGCACAGCACCCCAAUCAGCCUUGAUACUCGCUACCUGGAGGAGGUGGACGCCUUCAUGCCAUCAUCCGGGGUGGUCCUGCGAGAGGGGGAGUCCCUGCUUGGUGAUGACCUCCUAAAUCGCUGGAGCAUCGCGGGAUCUGGAAUACACGACUCUCCGAGCCUCAAAGAAUCCAUAGUUCGUGACGCGUGGCACGACUCUCGGUGCAGUAAUCCUGAUGUGGUGGCCCUGGGACGUGAUUCGGAUUCAGGAGAAGAUUCUUCAAACGAUGUCUCUAAGGACUCGACGCCCGGUGACACGGAGGCUGUCGGUGAAGACUCAGGGAAUCACGGGUCCUGUGACUCAGUGCUGCGUGACUCUGAUGACAUACGAAUGAACACUAGUCAGAGUAUGUUGGACUUGCCCCGGUGCGUGGCGGAGGACGCGCCGCGGGCGGUGCGGGCCACGGGGCUGCGGCGCAGUGCCAGCCUCACCCUCGGCAGGAGCCAAAACCUGGAGAACUUUAAACAACGUAUCCUACGGAAGAAAGAACAGUGGCGAGAAAGGAGGCAGUCCACAAAGGGUCUGAAGGAUGCUGCACGCAAGGACUCUAAGGAGGACCAGCCAAAAGACGCUUCCAUUAAGCCAUCUGAAGAUCAUCCUGCCCCUGCCUUGGAUAACAAACUGUAUCGCUGGUUUUCACUUCGGAAAAGUGUUAACUACGACGUUGAGCGCCGGAGCAGUACAAUUGCCAACACUGAGCGCACCAGCUCCUACACGGCCACUGCCAAUGGCACCAACGGAGUCACAAACAGCAGGAUGCCAAAACUCUUGGAAGAGGCAGACUCAGAGCACGGGGGUCUGUUUGCUGAGAAUGGUGGGGUGUUCACCCACACCUUCCAACGCAGACACCAACCUCCAGCUCUCCCACCAAUGCCUCCAAACCUGAGUCCUGAGCAGAUCAAGAGACGGCACAUAGUUGCCUCUAUAGUUCACAGUGAGAACAAUUAUGUGGCAACCCUCCAAAGACUAGUCAAUGAAUACAAAAAGCCACUAGAGGACUCCAAGCCACCAGUAGUGAACGCAGCCAAACUCACCACGCUGUUCCACCGGGUGUCGGAGAUCCUGCAGUGCCACACAUUGUUCCGCAUCGCCCUGGCUGAGUGUGUCCGCCAGUGGGACCGAGAGGAGAAGAUUGGGGAUGUGUUUGUUGCUUCAUUCUCCAAAGCCAUUGUUUUGGACAUAUACAGCGACUUUAUUAAUAACUUUGCUCGUGCCAUGGAAGUUGCAAAACAAGAGUCAAAAAAGAAAACUGCAUUUGCUGACUUUCUAAAGAUGCGUCAGAUCACCUCGCCUGAUCGAUUGUCAUUCUUUGGACUCAUGGUGAAACCUGUUCAACGCUUUCCACAGUUUAUUCUUUUCCUCCAGGACCUGCUGAAGCACACUCCACAGGGUCACCAUGACAGAAUGUCCCUACAGUUGGCUCUCACUCAGCUUGAGUCUUUGGCUGAAAUGCUGAAUGAGAGAAAGCGAGAGGCUGAGCAGUAUCAGGCUUUCCGAGACACUCUGAAGCACAUCAACACUAAAUUUGCCCUGCGAGGAAUACAAGAAGGGAACCGCUACUUGCUACGCCAGGAUGACGUCUUACAACUGGAAUUCAACCAAGGUGGACUGAUAACUAAGAGCAAAGCACGAAGACUCUUCCUCACCAACGAUUUGAUCAUGUGUGUCACUGUGGUGCCAAAGACCAAUGACGAGUAUGGGCAGCAGAAUGAACGGCUCUCCCUCAAGUGGGCGUACCCUGUCACUGAUGUGGAGAUCCAAGACACCACAUCCUCCCCCACACUGAGUCGCCUCCUGGCCUCCGGUGCCAACAAGACAGGCUCCAUCAGCACCUCACGCAUCCCUGAAGAGACCCUGGGUUCCAAUGUUGACAAUUUGUGCCAAGAAAUGAAUGAUCUCAUGCAUGAUUAUGAGGUUGUUGCUAGAAUAUCAACACUAGUCUCUACACUCAAGGGAACAUAUGAUGGUCUCACCUUGGAGCAUUUACAACAAGUUUCUGGAAGUAUUCAGAGAGCAUUGCAUGUGCGAGAUGAGCAGAUGGCAUGGGUUGAUGCCUGCUGCCUUCAAUUUACUGUCAAGAACAAGGAUGGCCGUGAAAAAGAGACAUUCACUUUCCAAACAAAUAAUCCUGUCAUCAAAAAAGACUGGAUUGUAGAACUCCGCUUAGCACAGCUGGCACUUGACAGCUCCAACUCUCCAGCCUGGGAUGUACCAGAGCAGGAGAAGCGACCAUCAACUAAAAUGCCUCUGUUUGUCAAAUCACUUCCAGUUUUCUCUUCACCUUAUGACACUGAGGUGCGAUGUGGAUGCUGCUACACCUUGACGAUGGCCAGGCCCAGCCGGCUUUCUGGGACAGGAAGACAUCAAACCUACUUGUGGCUAUGUUCCACUGAUGGCGUCUCCUCACACAUCACCAUCUACCUCAUGCAGCAGGUUGGCUUAAGGGAGGUGGUGCGGGUGGACCUAGUGGAGGUGUGCAUCACCUCACUGCAGCACGUGCCGGGCAUCACCACCACCACUGAGGAGCCUUCCCUGCGUGCCCAUACAGUAUGGAUGGGCACUCACUCACACAGAUUGAUAGUGUAUAGCGGUCUGGACCCAGAGCGACAAACAGAACUCGGGUCAACAACAGUUCCAGCAGCAAUCACCACCAUCAAGUAUCAUUGUGACCAGGUAUAUGUUGGGCUGAGCAAUGGGUGUGUCCAAGUGUAUCGACGAGGCUCUGAUGGAGGGUGGCAGUUACGGGAGCCUCUCAGCAUCAGCCUUGGCAACCGGCCUGUGUCUGCCCUGCUGCCCAUCAAUACUCAUGUCUAUGCUGCCUGUGGAGACAACGUGCGAGUGGUGGAUUGCUUCACUGCUGAAAUAACUAAAAAGUUCUCAGUUCAUCAUGAAGGUGCUGGUGGUGUGCAGCUGAUGGCUCACUCUGGCAUUGGCCUCUGGAUUGCUCAGCAGAACACCUCAACAAUCUGCCUGUAUCACACAGAGACCUUUCGCCACCUUCAAGACAUUAAUGUUGCCUCCAACAUUAACCGUGUUCUGGGAGAAAAAGGUGUUCCUGCCUCAAACAUUAGUGUAACUGCCCUCAUUGCCUCACGAGGACUCCUAUGGGUGGGAACAAAUGUUGGUGUUGCCCUGACAAUUCCACUGCCACGGUUGGAAGGUGUACCUAUUAUCAGUGGUCGGGCAAAUGUUAGCUACCAUGCCCACAAAGGACCAAUUACAUUCCUCUUAACCCUACAACCCCAUGCCAGGCCACAUGCCACACUCCCUGAAUUGAGGUCCAGCUGUCGACCAUCAAGUCAGGAGGGUCAGUCACACCAGCAGGAUGGCUUGAGACUCACUAAUUCAGAAGAUGCACGAAGUGCUACUGCAACACCAAACCUCACUGCCCGGCUGGAGAAGCAGCAGAGUGACGGCAGCCUGAUCCCACCCCGACGUGUGCCCCCUUUGUUGCGACAGCAGUUCAGCUCCCCUGUAAUCCUGCGACGCAAACCCAGAGAUGCCCAGCAGCACAUGAGGCGCCUGUCCAAGACUCUUCCCCGAGGACUGGGACUUGGGACCUUAGCAGGCAGCCAGGAAUGUGAUGUCUAUGGCCUAUAUGGGGACUUGUUGAAUGUUCAUGAAUAUGAAGAUGAGCCCAUGGUGCCUGGGGAGGGACUUUUACUGUCCCGGUAUGAUUCUCUGCGUCGCAGUGAUCCAGAAUUAGCUGUGCCAUCUCAGGUCAGCAUGGACCGUCGGGUCAGACUCAAAGCCUCCCGACCACGUUCCCUGGACCUAUCAACCUGGUCAAUGGAUUCAAGAGCCUCUUCAGCAUGUACCACGUCCUCAGGGUCAGAAGAUGGCAGUGGCAGUGGCAUCAGCAGUGUCAUUACCUCUUGCAACACCUCAAGCCAGCCUGAGUCAGGUAACGUGACGUCCAACAGAACUUCCCGACGCAAGGAAACCGACCAGUCCAGAACACUCAUGACUCUUAUGGGCGGUCGAGGCUAUAUCAACCUGAGGCUCCAGUCGGACGACCCCCACAGCAGCCACACCAACGACAGUGAUGCGCAUGUGGUAGUGUGGGAGAUGAAGCUUUAGUCAUUCUUUUCUAGUGAUCUACAUUAAUUAAGCUCAUUUUUCUUUUAUUUUCUUAUAGUCUCUGUGCAAUGUGAUAUGUUUUAAGUAUGUGCCCAUAUUUAUGAUGACAUUUAGGCAGAUUAUUGUUCUUGGCCAAACCUACAAUAUAUAAUCACCUAAAUAUAUACAAAACCUGAAACAUUAAACUCUUUAGUGAAUGAGUGAAAUGUGAAGCAUUUACUGGUGCCAGUGUUGGUGAGAAUGCUGAUCAGUGUUGAGGAAACUCUUUUGAUGGUAUCAGUGUUAUGGCAAUUAAGAGACUUGUCUUGUUCUUAUGUUAAUAGCAAAACUCCAACACAAGAUUCAAGCUAAAUGUGUAAGUAAAACUAUAUGCUUGUCAAGAUGCUCUAUGGAAGAAAAUUACUCUAUAUAUUGUAGUAGUUAUUUAAGUGUAAAUAUCAGAUGACUGCUAUUUUAAAUACAUUAUUUUGGUCAACAAGGCAGGCUUCUGUGCUUGCCAUGGAAAUACUGCAUAUAAACAUCUAAUAAGAA